CGGGCUGAUUUAGCUGUAGCAUCCAUGACGAUAAACUACGCUCGAGAAAGUGUUAUAGACUUUACGAAACCUUUUAUGAACCUAGGAAUCGGUAUAUUAUUUAAGGUACCUACCAGCCAGCCUACACGUCUAUUCUCAUUUAUGAACCCGUUGGCUAUGGAAAUAUGGUUAUAUGUUUUAGCUGCUUAUAUUUUAGUUUCAUUUACAUUAUUUGUGAUGGCUCGCUUUUCACCAUACGAAUGGAAUAGCCCUCACCCAUGCCUAAAAGAUUCAGAUAUUGUAGAAAAUCAAUUUUCAGUAUCGAACAGUUUUUGGUUUAUAACCGGUACAUUUUUACGCCAGGGUUCCGGACUAAAUCCCAAGGGAUCAAGUUCGCUGAAAAUCAUAACAAAUGAUUCACAAUUUCCCAUAGCCUCCAUACAAAGGUAUAUAUUCCCGGACUUAAGCUUAUAG